AUGGAGGACGGGGCGUUCGCGGGGCUGGCACGGACCCACCAGAGGCUCGACUUUGCUCACCACCGCGAGAUCUGUCGCACUAUCCACGCCCUCCGCCAGCAACCACUGGCCUCACCCAGCGUGGCCGAGGUGCGUAGGCUGCUGGGCGACGUGGCGCCGGAGGGCAGCGAGGAGGCGCUCCGGUUCACACUGCACAAGCGCAUGGAACUGCAGAUGGCGCAGCGGAUGCUACGGCGCGAGCUGCAGCGGAACGAGUCCGAACUCAUCAUGUUUCAGGACAAGUGCGUUGUGUGCUUCGAGGGCGGGAUUCACCCCAUCAAACCGCAGAGGUUUGAGAAGUACCUGGAGAUUCUUCACUGUCUGCCUGCCCUCAAGCGACUCAAUAUCUGCAUGAUUGGUCCUGAAACUGGCAACAAAUCAUGUAUACUCAACAUUAGCAUCCAUCUGGCCUUCUACCAUGACUUUGCCACAUUGGGCAAGUUCACACAACCAGAUUUGGUCCUUGGGCUGAAUGUGGGCCUGCAUGAGCAGCCCUUCUCACACAUGACCGCCAACACAUGGCUGCCCACCCUGCAGCUGCUGGUUGACAAGAGCAUACCCACUGUCUUCACCUCCUUCACCCAUGAGGAGUGGGAGAAGGACACUGAGGUGGCCUGGAGAGCCUGGGCCAAGAUCACACUGCCAGGGCAGCCCAAUCCCUGGCGCAGCCUGCAGCCGCUCCAGGAGAUGGAGGUGACCAACACCUUCUUCUACCUCAACCACAUCAUGUGGGCCUUUGAGGGCUGCCAGCCAUAA